AUGUCGACUGAUUUCUCAUUAACCACCUUCACAGAGCAGGGUAUCCUUCCUCAGGUAGUCUAUUCCUUAAAGGCAGUGGACAAUGGAGACAAUAGUAUUGGCAUCAAGGCUAAGAAUGGAGUAGUCAUUGCCACUGAGAAGUCAUCAACCAUUCUCGUUGAUGAAGACAGCUACCAUAAAGUUCAGAAUAUCUCUGACACAAUUGGCUGCACAUAUGCAGGCAUUGGCCCAGAUUACUACUCAGUCAUUAAGAAGGCAAGAAAAGACUGUCUUAAGUAUGAGCAGAUCUAUAGAGACAAGAUCAGCGUAUAUCUUCUUGCCAAGAACUUAGCAGAGUUGAUGCAGGAGUACACACAAGCAGGAGGUAGAAGACCAUUCGGUGUUUCAAUGUUGCUAGCAGGUAUUGACCAUGACGGACCAAGACUUUAUCAAGUUGAACCAUCAGGUGCAUUCCAUUCCUACAAAGCAACUGCUUUGGGAAAGAACUCCCCCAAUGCAGAGAAUUUCUUAGAAAAGAGAUAUGAAGAUGAUCUUGAAUUAGAGGAUGCCAUCCAGAUCGCUCUUCUGACAAUGAAAGAGGGAUUCGAAGGAGAAAUGAAUGAAACUAACAUUGAAAUUGGAGUUGUCAGCACAGAAGACAAAAACUUUAGAGUCCUUACCCAACAAGAAGUUAAAGACUAUCUCAAGGAAGCUGAGUAA